AAGAAGAUUGAAGAGAGGCGAGAGAGUGGGAGAGGGAGAGGGAAAGAGCGAGUGGACUUGGAGGAGGAGCGCGAUCCUCCGCCGUGGGAUCGACAACCGGGUCGGAUUCCCGCGUCGGGUCGCCGUGGAGCUGGUGGUUCGGUGAGAUCGCAGCCGCUGGUGGGUUACUUCCGCCGCCUCUCGCGAUCUCCCUUGCCAGUAUGACGCUUGGUUCCUAGACGAUUUCUUUUUACGAUCUCCUCGUUUGGACGUUCUUGAUGUCGCUAGGUCCUGAUUCCUUCAUAUCAGCCUAAUGGCCAAUAAGAUGGGUUUUCCAAUGUAGGGUGGUCGCUCAUCUUCCCACAGACCUACUGCUUUCUAGUUUUUGUUCAAGGUCUGCUGGUCCAGUAUUACUUUCUCACUUAAUGAUCGAUCCUGUACUGCACCUUCUCUCUAUAACCGCGUCAGCCUCCGUGUGUGGCGUGUGCUCAAGAGAGAAGAAGAGAAAGAAGAAAAUCAUCUGUUUGGCCGAAGUAUCUGUUGUUGAUAACUGUGGAUCCUACUUAUUCCAUGUCGCCUAACUUGGACAGCCCCAUUAAGACCCAGAUGGCAGUUUCCGUCUUAACCCACACCCUUAACUACGAGUACCAUCGGAGCAACCAAAGUGAAGGAAAACCAAGUGGACGAAGGCGUGUGUUUGUUCAAACUGAAACUGGAUGUGUAUUGGGUAUUGAACUGGAUCGUGCGGAUAAUGCUCAUACUGUGAAGAGAAGGUUACAGAUUGCUCUUAAUGUACCUACCGAUGAGAGCUCGCUCACUUUUGGUGACCUUGUGUUGAAAAAUGAUCUCAGUGCUGUCCGGAAUGAUUCACCAUUGCUUCUUACCAGGAAUUCCAUGCAUAGAAGUUCCUCCACUCCGUGCCUCUCUCCUACUGGAAAGGACAUCCACCAGCAAAGGGAUCGGAGUGGCCCAAUCGAAGUUUUAGUGUGCUCUAGCCGCUGCUCUCGAACAAGACAGCUGGUCAAGGAUGUUGUGAAGGCUAUUAAAAAUGGCGUUGCUCCUUUACCGGUUCACAGUGGGCUUGGUGGUGCCUACUACUUCAGGAACACCAAAGGUGAGAGUGUUGCAAUUGUGAAGCCCACAGAUGAGGAACCAUUUGCACCGAAUAAUCCUAAAGGUUUCACUGGGAAGGCCCUUGGACAACCAGGCUUGAAAAGGUCUGUGCGGGUUGGUGAGACUGGAUUCAGGGAAGUUGCUGCAUACCUCCUGGAUUAUGAUCAUUUUGCCAAUGUCCCCCCCACGGUCCUUGUCAAGAUCACUCAUUCGGUUUUCCAUGUGAAUGAAGGUGUUAACUCUAAUACUAGCGGCAAGGCUGUUGACAGGAAGCGGAGUGCAGUCAGCAAGAUAGCAUCCUUUCAACAAUUUAUUCCUCAUGACUACGAUGCUAGUGACCAUGGGACGUCCAGUUUCCCUGUUGCAGCUAUACACAGGAUUGGUAUCCUCGAUAUUAGAAUUUUUAAUACUGACAGGCAUGCUGGAAACCUCUUGGUGAGGAAACUUGAAGGGGCAACUGGUAGAUUUGGGGCUCAGACAGAACUUAUUCCAAUCGAUCAUGGUCUCUGCUUGCCGGAGAGUUUGGAUGAUCCAUAUUUUGAGUGGAUCCACUGGCCACAGGCAUCAAUCCCUUUCUGUGAGGAUGAGCUUAAGUAUAUUGCAAACCUUGAUCCGGUGAAAGAUUCUGAGAUGCUUCGUAUGGAGCUGCCCAUGAUCCGCGAAGCAUGCCUUAGAGUUUUGAUCCUGUCAACAAUUUUUCUCAAGGAAGCAGCUGCAUUUGGGCUUUGCCUUGCAGAGAUUGGUGAGAUGAUGAGCAGGGAAUUCAGGGGCUUGGAAGAGGCGCCAAGCGAACUGGAAGUUGUGUGCAUUGAGGCAAGACGGCUGAUAGCAGAAAAAGUGGUCAUUUCUCCAGUAAUCAGUCCAAAUUAUGAUGACACAAUUCAGUUUGAUAUUGACUAUGAGGAAGCUGAUCCAGUGAUGCCGAAAUCUCCAUCUUUCAAUUUUGGAUCCAGAGGAAGAAUCUCCAGAAACCCGCUGUCAAGAUUAGAAGAGAGCUUGGAGGAGCAGGAGGAAGAUGAUGAGAACAUUGAGCACAAUAUGGAGGAUACUACUUACUGCUCGGAUGCCCGUGAGUGGCCUCCACAUGCCUCAAGACUGUCCGCUUCUUUGAAGACCAUGACUCUUGCUGGGAAUAGUCAGAACUAUGUGGCUGGUGUUCCAAGAGCUAAUUUUACCACUGGUAGAAAUAGCGGUGGUGCCAGUGGGCUUCAGGGUAGGAAUAGUAGGAGUGCGAACGAACAGCUGCCUGCAAGUGUGAGCUUCGUGAAGCUGGCUAACAUGGGAGAAGAGGAGUGGUCAGCAUUUCUUGAGAAGUUCCAGGAGCUGCUGCAAGGUGCAUUCCGUAGCCGGAAGUGUGGUGCCACUGGCCAGAGGCUCAAGCAGAGGUUGGGCAGUUCUUGUCAGUUUUGAGUGUAGAAGAUAGGUAUGGAGAGUUGAGAGAGGUUGUUUUUACAGCGGUUGACUAUGAGCCCUUAUCUAGUAGGUGUAAUGAAGGGAGAAGGUGGCUGUAAGAAUCAGAUUGUUGUGUAGUAGUAUUAUGUUUGAGAGGAUGUGACGGAGGUGAAACUCGAGUCUGUGCCGCCGCCUCUGUAUAUAUAUGUUUUAUGGUUGAAGAAGGUAGGUAGUGUGAUGGCCUGCCUGUAUGUAUGUUAUUAUGUUCCUAAAGAAAACACUCGGCAGCAAUAAGAAAACUCAGUUCGAUGAUGCGGAUCAAGCCUGGUAUAUAUACAAAAGGUAAUCAAGUUUGUAAUGUGAUUCUCAAGUAAGGAGGACUUGAAUACUGAAACAUGCACGCAUAUGAUGAUGAUGAUGAUGAUACGUGAGAAGGAAACAUCCAUGUUGAGUCGGGAUCAAGGCACAGAAGGACUGGAAGAUGGUGGAAGCCCACCUCCCAUCCUCAGCUGCAUCUCUAUGAUUGAUGCUGAACACUUAAGGCACAACCCAUGUCGCGUGUUCCCCUGUGAUCAUGUGUUUGCACUUGCACCAUCAUGCGAGGAGCCAAGUGGCGUACUUUCUUAAGCCAGAAAGGGUGGUUGGUUGGUGGUAGGGACAUGGAAAGUGGAGAUAGUAUGAGGUGGAGCUGCUGCUGCUGCUGCUGCUGCUGCUGCUGCUGCGACUCGAAGAUAAGAAGAAGACUGAUGGUAGGAGUUGACAGUCGAGGAUGGGGACUGCCUGGCUGGGACCUGUGCCUAUACAUUAAGCACGAGGAAGUUGCAUUUGCUCAAACCACACCCAACAUAGUAAGUACAUCAUGAGACAUGAUUCGUUGUUUUUAUACACGCAUAAUGCUUCUUCUUAUUGAUCAUGAGACAUCUAGUCUUAGGUUAGUCUAGUUUGGGCAUAUUUAGGUUAACUUAAGACUGCUGUGAGUCUAGCUUGGGUUUUCUUUUAAUUUUCUUACCUUUUUGGAUAUUUUUUUUUCCAUAUUGUUAAUUCCUAUUUUAGGUCAUAUUUACACUUUUUUUAAAUUAAAUUCUUUAGUUUGAGUCCCCUAUCAUGGACACAGAUAAACUUGGAAGAGUUUAAGCUAUUAGGGUCAUGUUUGAACAUUCCACACAUUUCUUUUGGAUAGAAUUUUUGGUGACAUAUGACAUUUACUAUCAUCUCUUCAAAUAAAAUUUUAGGAAGAUGAGUGUUAGUCUAAUUGAAAAAUCUUCCGACAUGAACAUCUUAUGAGUCUAUAUGCAUGGGUCUUCUUCCAUGGUGUUACAAUCAUAACUUGCAUUAAUGAAAUUAUGUGUUUUGAAGAGUAUGGCCUAGUUAUCUUAUCCUUAUCUUACUUUACUUCUCUAUGAUGAUAUUCUUAUUUAUUGGUUUAUUUAUUUUCCUUUUACGAUCUUGAUUGAGGGUAUGUGUGUGUGAGUCUAAUCAACUGGGUUGCCUACAUGAGACAUGUUUUAUUUAUGUUCUGACACAAUCAAAUGGUUAGGUUAACAUGAUUAUCUAGCUAGUUCUUGGUUUUGUGAAUUGUCCUAGUCGAGAAUAUUUAUGUCUAAUUGUUCUGAAAUAGCUUUCUGUCUGAUUUCUUGGAUUUCA